ACAGCGAAGUUGUCCUUUGGUUGUCCUACGGAACAAUUCAACUACCAAGCUGUUUUAAUUCGGUGAAAUUUUUAUUUUUUUCUAAGACUGGAGUAGUUCGUUUUAGUGCGAUUUUCUUCAGGCCUUCAAUUGUGAAUAUUAUAAGUGACUAAAAAAGAUCUAUAAUGGCUACCUUCUUGGAACCUCAUUUUGAAGCAUUGACCAAGUCGAUGAGCGGAAACAUCACCGUCGUCGACAAAGUCCCAGCUGAAAUGCUUCACCUCGUCGAUCCACAUUGGUAUCAAUUUCCACCAAUGAACCCAUUGUGGCACUCGAUCUUAGGUUUCGCCAUGGUCAUCCUCGGUCUCAUCUCAGCUCUUGGAAACGGCUGUGUACUUCUAAUUUUCACCACAACAAAGGCUCUUCGAACCCCAUCCAACCUUUUUGUAGUCAAUUUGGCUUUCUCUGAUUUCUUAAUGAUGGCUUCUAUGUCGCCACCAAUGGUUGUCAACUGCUACUACGAGACCUGGCAUUUCGGACCACGCAUGUGCGAAAUCUACGCUAUGUUGGGAUCAUUGUUUGGCUGUGCAUCUAUCUGGACUAUGACUAUGAUUGCUUUCGACCGUUACAAUGUUAUCGUCAAGGGUUUAUCGGCUAAACCACUUUCAAAUGGAGGUGCUGUUUUACGUAUUGCCGGAAUUUGGGCAUUCGCAUUGAUUUGGACCCUCGCUCCAAUGUUUGGAUGGAACAGAUACGUUCCAGAAGGCAACAUGACUGCCUGCGGUACUGACUACCUUUCCAAAGACUGGAAGAGCCGUUCAUACAUCUUGGUUUACAGUUUCUUCGUCUACACUUCACCAUUGUUGUUGAUCAUCUACUCAUACUUCUACAUUGUUCAAGCUGUCUCAGCUCACGAGAAGAACAUGCGAGAACAAGCUAAAAAAAUGAACGUCGCUUCAUUGCGUUCAGCCGAAGCUCAAGCAACCUCAGCUGAAUGCCGUUUGGCUAAAGUUGCUUUGAUGACCAUCUCAUUGUGGUUCAUGGCAUGGACCCCAUACUUGAUCAUCAAUUUCACCGGAGUUUUCGAAUGGGCACCAAUCUCACCAUUGGCAACCAUCUGGGGAUCACUCUUCGCCAAGGCUAACGCUGUGUACAAUCCAAUCAUCUAUGGUAUCAGCCAUCCGAAAUACAGACAAGCUUUGUUCAAACAAUUCCCAUGCCUUUCAUGUUCAGAUGGCAACAGCGUGGGUGCCGACAACCAAUCGGCAGUCUCAGGAGCUACCGCCGUCUCAGACGAAAAAGCAUAAAUUCGCUGAACAAUUUAGCAAUUUUAUGUAUAUAAAAAAAUGUCUGUGUUUUAUAAUAGUAAUACAAUGAUGAAGACUCUCUUUUGCUUUAGCUUAGGAAUGAUUAACAAAUUUUUUUCAUACUCUCUGUAAUCAAUGUAAUAGUAUUCGGAAACUGUUAAACCAAA